AUGACAGGUAAACAAGGAGCUGCGGUGCUAUCGGAAACGUUGAAUAUAUCCAAAACGUCCUCUAUCGGUGCUAACGGAGGGAAUAACAGCCUGCACCAACAAUCAAAGAACAGCGCCACGCACCCUCCCAGAUGCACCGGAUUCGGGAUACAGGAGAUUUUAGGGCUGAAUAAAGAGCCUUCGGCGGCCCCGAGGAGCGCCUUGCAGUCGCUACCAUCUGGGGCGCACCUGCUUGCCGCCAGGUCAAUGCUUGGCCCCGCUGGUGUAGGAGUUGGGAUGGGAUUAAUCGGGCCUGGAGGGAUUCCGUCAUUCUACAGGCAACCAGCGUUUUUGGAGGUCCUGCAAGAUGCGCAGAACGUUCACUUGCAAACCCACAACAGAACUGUGGGACAUCUGGACCACAGCCAGUCCGCCAGUUCAGACUCAGAAGAUGUGUCAUCAAGUGAACGAAAACUCUCAAAGAACUCAUUAAGCCAGAGCAAGAAACGGAAGAAAAGACGGCACCGGACCAUAUUCACAUCUUACCAGCUCGAGGAGUUGGAGAAGGCCUUUAAUGAAGCUCACUACCCAGAUGUGUAUGCAAGAGAGAUGCUGGCUAUGAAAACAGAGCUUCCUGAGGACAGAAUACAGGUCUGGUUCCAGAACCGCAGGGCCAAAUGGAGGAAGAGGGAGAAGUGCUGGGGUCGCAGCAGUGUGAUGGCAGAGUAUGGGCUGUAUGGCGCCAUGGUCCGCCACUCUAUCCCCCUACCGGAUUCCAUCCUCAAGUCUGCCAAGGAUGGCAUCAUGGACUCCUGUGCCCCAUGGCUGCUUGGGAUGCACAAAAAGUCCAUGGAGACCACGGUCGUCCAGCCAAAAGGGAAGUCCGAUGUUCCCCAGCAGCCAGCCAUUCAGAGGGCUGAAGAGUGCGACGUGGAGGAGAAGAGGGCGGAGGGCAAGUCACCCAUCUCCAAAGAGGAACUGAGGGAGAACAGCAUCGCAGCACUCAGGGCAAAAGCACAGGAGCACAGUGCCAAGGUGCUUGGGACUGUUACAUGCGAGAGACCAGAGAGCAAAGUGGAGAGACAGGCGACAGAGGAAAAAUCUAGUGGCCCUUUGAGUCCAGUGGAAGAGCCCAAGAGUCCAUAGACCCUCACUUUGUACAGACUUUGCAGUGCCCCUGACUGUGCUCUAAACAUCUGUAUGGACUCAACUAGAUUGAUCAGUAUUACAGUGUUCUCUGAGAGGUUUUUACAUGUUGAACAUCCUAGAUCUCUAUUAUACUGUUUUAAAAUGACCUGCUUUAUACUGGUCUUCCUAUUGGAAAGAUUAAAUAUCUACAUUUGUAUUUUAUUGACUAAGAAAAACCCCAAUGCACUUUCUGUCUUUCUUACUCACUGACAUUCAUACAAAUAUUGAUGCUUACAUAUUGUUGAAAAUGGUUUAAUAUGGGGUUAGCAGUCCAUACAGAUGUAUAUUGCUGACAACCCCUAUAACUAGAAGAUACCCACUUUACACAUUUCUAUCAUUGAAUAUUCUUAAACUACUAAUUCAGUGUGCAAAGUGCAUACUUGUGUUUGUUAUAAUGAACCAAUUAGGACAUUUGUUGAUAUAUAAGUUUGUUGAUAUAUAAGUAGCCAAUCUCUGAAACUAUACUGUACUCUAUAUUGAAUUCACAGCAUCCAUAGUGUUGAUGCUGACUGUGUUUCUUGUCUAGUCGCUCCACUGAAGCGACUAUACAUCUGUGGGAUGAUGAUGUACGAAAGGGAAAACAUUACUCCACUAAUUUGGAACACACAAUAAUUAAAACGUUGUCUUACGUUGUUCUU